AUGAACAAAGAAAAAUCAGCAACAAAUAAAUCUACAUCUCCAAAAGAUACAGAAGGUCGUCAACGUAUCAAUAUCAAACAAAUGCAAAAUGUCCUUCUAAUCUGGUUAGACAGUAACAUCGACGAAACAAAUCACGAUUGUCAAAAUACAAUCACAAAACUACGCCGUGCUGUUAACGACAUUCAUACAUAUACAAAUGGUGAUCAAAGUCUCGGGUUCAUUCAAACAGUUGUCGAUAAGAAGGUAUGUAUGAUUAUUUCAGGAUCACUUGGACAACACAUUGUGCCUCGUGUGCACAAUAUGUCUCAAGUUGAUUCUAUUUUUAUCUUUUGUGGCAAUAAAAAGUAUCAUGAACAAUGGACUAAAGAUUGGCCCAAAAUAAAGGGUGUCUUCACAGAUAUUAUACCGAUAUGUGAAGCACUCAAGGAAGCUGCUCAUCAGUGUGAGCAGAAUGCCAUACCCAUGAGUUUCGUGGGAUCAAAUAAAAAGCUGGAUCAAUUAGAUCCUUCUUUUAUGUAUACUCAGAUCCUCAAGGAGAUCAUAUUAACCAUCAAGUUCGACCAGAAUCACAUCCAAGAUUAUUUUGAUUACUGUCGUGAUGCUUUUGUUGGUAAUACAAAAGAACUCAAAAAUAUUCAACAGUUGGAAGGUGAAUACUACAAGAAAACACCCAUUUAUUGGUACAGCUGUCAAAUGUUCUUGUAUCCCAUGCUCAAUCGUGCAUUACGAUUGAUGAACGGUGACAUCAUUACACAUAUGGGCUUCUUCAUUGGUGAUCUCCAUCGACAGAUUGAACAACUACACAAAGAACAAUAUGCUGGUACAACUGCUGUAGACACCUUCACCGUUUAUCGUGGUCAAGGUUUAUCUACAGAUGAUUUUGAAAAAAUGAGCAAACUUAAAGGUGGUCUUAUUUCAUUCAAUAAUUUCUUAUCCACUAGCAAAAAUUGCAAUAUAUCACUGGGUUUUGCUCAAGAUGCUACAAUUCAUCGAGAUCAAGUAGGAGCUCUUUUUAUCAUGAAAAUUAAUCCUGCUCAAUCAACAACACCGUUUGCCUCCAUUGCUGGUAUUAGUGACUUCCAAGGAGAAGAGGAAGUCUUGUUUUCGAUGCAUAGCGUGUUUCGUAUCCAGGACAUUAAACAGAUGGGUGGAAAUAAUCGUUUAUA